AUGAACUUUGUUGACAACUUUGACCGUCUAAAAAAAGAUUACCAGUGUGAUAGAAAAAGCCAUAAGUGGUACAUGAGACUGUUUUUUCAUUUUAUUGAUUGCUGUGUUGUCAAUUCAUUUAUUAUUUACAAAGAAUUGGAUACAGAAGGUAAUCAAUUAACUAAUAAAAAUUUUCGUAGAGAGGUUUACACAGGCUUAUUAUCUAUAAAAUUAGUUGAUGUGCAAUCCCCAUCCAUAGUGAAAAAAAGAACUAAAUCCAAUAUUGAAAUCAGAAACCAUAAGCCAAAUGUCUCAAAACAUUUGAGACUUACUGAAUCUAAACAUCAACCAACUGAAGGCAGUAGUAGAAGGUGUGCGAUGUGUUCAACUAAAAAAAAACCACAAAGAACAAAAUGGAUUUGA